GACGCACAGCUAGCUUCCCUUCAUGUGUUCAGACUCCACUCGCUGCGUGACCAGACAGGGGUUUGUGCCUCCACACAUGAAAGACGCGCUAGUUCCUCUCCUUCACACCUGCGACAAUUUGAGUACAAGCACAGAAGCGUCCUUGCUGGUACAAUCCCUACUGGACAUCCUCACCGCGGAAAACCAGGAGGAAGCGAAAAUGGUGAAGAUAUCUUUCCAGCAAGUAACUGCACAGAAGCCCGAAAAGGAGAACGAUGGAGACAAAGAGGAAAUUCACAUGCCCCACUCUCACCAGGAUGAGUUGGUGCUCCCGGUAAGAUCGAAGAUGUCUUCCUUUAGAGGCCUUUGGUGCGUCGUGCUCGGCUUGGUGAUCUUCCUGUCAGGCUUGAUCAUUGCCUCUGUAUGCCUGUACCGACACUACUUCAGCACGCAGAUCCCAGAGGACAGUUCGUUCCACUGUCGGGUGAUGUACGAGGACCCCCUGUUCGCCCCGUUACUUGGAAGACAGGAGUUGGAGGAGAAUGUCGGCAUCUACCUGGACGACAACUACGAGCAGAUCAGUGUGCCUGUUCCUGACUUCGGAAGCAGCGACCCGGCUGACAUCAUUCACGACUUUCACAGGGGACUCACAGCUUACUAUGAUAUUGCGUUGGAUAAGUGCUAUGUUAUUGAACUCAACACGACAAUCGUCAUGCCGCCCAGGAGCCUGUGGGAGCUGCUUGUCAAUGUCAAGCGGGGGAUGUAUUUGCCCCAGACCUACAUCAUUCAGGAAGAGAUGGUGGUGACGGGGCGCAUUAGGAACAUGCGUCAGCUGGGACCCUUCAUCCACCGGCUCUGUUAUGGAAAAGAAACCUACAGACUGAGACGCCGUAGCAGCCAAAGACGAAUCGAUAAGAGGGAGACCAGGAACUGCCACAGCAUCCGGCACUUCGAGAACACGUUUGUCGUAGAGACGAAGAUUUGCGACCGACUCCUGCUGUAGUUUCCCUCCCUUCUCCUCAACUCUACUGAGCAAAACCCAAAACUGACCAGUCCCCAUCUGUCCAGCUUAACAGCACUUUAUCAGCAUGAUAAACCUGUACAUAAUGUUAGAUCAUGCCAUAUUUGUGGCUUUGUUGGUUCAGAUUUUCCAAGGAUAAACUGUAAUUACUUUGUCCAUCCAAGUGUUUUUUUUUUUCUGUGUUUUUUUUGUCUUUUGUCAAAGUAAGAUUUUGAUUUGCAUAUUCUGAAGCAUACUGUCUAGUUUAUAGUUUCAUUUCACUCUCAGGUUAUUUGUGGUGUAUAUAUAUAUAUAUAUAAACAAUUUUUUUUUUUUCUCCAGUGGGGAAGUUUCCUCAAAUACUGUGAGAUUAGUCUUAGACAUCUGGCAUGCUCUUUUUUUUUUUUUUUUUUUUUUUUUUCUUCCUCUGUUUCAUUUGUUCAUUAUUUUCUGUGUUAGCUAAGAAAUCCAGAUUAGAAAAUUGUCUUCGAUGCCAAAAGAUUUACCUCAUAUUUUAGAAAUGUAUGACUUAAUGCCUGUUAUUUAAGUCAUAGCGUGAGUUUUUGAACGUGAUAUAAGCAAUAUAAGUUUCCUUCUCUUGGAUUUCCUAACUUGACAUCCAUUUGUUUGUAGUAUUGUUGGUUAUCUGAACAAGUUAUUAUGUUCAAAUGCUCUGUGUAAUACAUGUGAAUAAAUUUGUAGAAAAAUGUGAAAAACUAUCCACCGAAUGUUGGUUUGAAAUGUUCUGUUAUCUCUAAAUGCAGUAUGCCUGUACUCAUAAUAACAGGUUGUUCUUUAAUUAAGCUGAAGGUUCAUUUUCUUAGGCACAGAGGUGCAGAAAACUUUUUCUUGCCGUUCUUAUUCCAUUCUGUUUAUAUGGUCCAUCCAUGACUAAUGGUAAACAAUUUGACCCCGUCUAAGGUGGAAUCAUUUCAUUUUGCUUGUACUUUUUCUAAUCGUACCAUUUAUAUGUAUUUGUUCCUCUUCCACAUACUGGUGUAGCAACAACUGGUUUUGUCUGGAAUAAAUGAGGCAUUUGAUUUGAUGCACUGUUCUGCUGCUUUGUGAAUAAUAAUUGCUUGUAAAAAUCCAUCAUUAAACUGCUGAAACACUA